AUGACGACAAUUACCAAACCAAUGCUCUUUCGUUUUCUAUUACAACAUGCAAUUCUAUUUGUAUCCGGACAAACAAUUGGUUCAAUGAAUAUUUCGACGACAUCAAGAAGAACUUUGACAACUAAAAAACCAUCAUCUGGUGGUGUUGUAUUCAAUUAUACAUUACUGAUGUAUAUUCUUCUUCCAAUUUCAUUGGUUAUUACAAUCGUAUUGAUAAUCCUUCGAUGUGUACACAUACGAAUUCGUAAAGCAAGAAAUGAAGCUCAGGCAGCUGCUACGGCUGCAUUCCCUUUACAACAACAACAGCAAAUGAAUAGUUUCACACCACAUUCACAAAUGCCUUCGAUCACAUCAACGUGUGCGUAA